AUGCAAAUAAUGGAUUUAACCAACUGGCCAGAAAAUAUUGACAUACGUUUUGGAGAAACUGAGGUUAAACGUUUAUGUAAACGCUUUAUGCUCAACCAGGAAAAUGCAAUAAAUGGAAUGAGGCAACUAAUUCAUGAUCCAACAGUUUUACCAAAAGAAAUUAUGCCAGAGUUUGAUAAUUUUUAUAAAACAUUUCCUGUUUCAACAGCGGAAUGUGAAAGAGGGUUCAGCUUAAUGAACAACAUAUGUACUAAACUAAGAGCAAGGCUUACCAUGAAGAAUAUUUCCAACUUAAUGUUUAUUAAUAUUAAUGGUCCUCCAUUAGAAAAAUGGGACCCCAAAGACUAUGUGAAAUCGUGGAUGGUUAGUCAUAGAUCUGCAGAAGACACUAGAACCAAAUUAUGUCGACCAGCUAUUGUUGCAAAUAGUGAAAACAAAUCAAACCUUUGGAAAAUACUUUAA